AUGAGAGCUUAUGAUGGACGUUUCCUAGACCCACCCACCAAUCAAGUUUCUGAAACAUUAUCCGCUUCUCUUUUCAGCGGCAGAGAAGGCGUCGUAUUUGCUCGUAAUGUUGCUAUUAGCUCUCUCUGUGCCCUGCUGGUCCCUGCGGUCCUUCACCUAGCUGCUAUAUGCACGUACUACUCUGCUUUCCCUUUCCCUGCAUGUGGUCUUCUUCCCUCCUGCGUGCGGCUUUAUACUUUCAAAGUUUUCAAAGACACUGCCAUUGAUGAAACAGCCAUCAGCUAG